CCACGCCGAGCAUGUUCGCGGGGCUGGCGGCUGUCUGCGGCCUCCUGCUGCUGCCGCCGCUCCUGCCGCUGCCGCAGGUGGCGCUGGGCUUCGCGGACAGCAGCUGCGACCCCUCCGACCAGUGCCCGCCCCAGGCCCGCUGGAGCAGCCUGUGGCACGUGGGGCUUAUCCUGCUCGCUGUCCUCCUGCUGCUGCUGUGUGGGGUCACAGCCAGCUGUGUCCGGUUCUGCUGCCUCCGGAAGCGGGCACACACCCAGCCACACCUGCCACCAGCACCUCAGCCUUGCGACCUGACAGUCAUUCCUGUGGAUAGUGACAGCCCGGUGCACAGCACUAUGACUUCCUACAGCUCUGUGCAGUACCCGCUGACCACGCGGCUGUCCCAGCCCUUUGGGGAGCUGGACCUCAACUCCAUGACCCCUCCCGCCUACAGCCUGUAUGCCCCCGAGCUGCCGCCUUCCUAUGAUGAGGCCAUCAAGAUGGCCAAACCCGAACAGGAAGAGCCGCCCCCCUCCCAGUAGCCCAGCCGCCUCCCCGGGGCCUCAGGCCGAGAGACUCCUCC